AUGUCUAUCGGGGGAUACAAGGGACAAACAGCAUUGAUGUACAGCGUUUUAUUCACCAACAACUUUGAUCGCAAGUCAUUUUAUCAUCUCCUUGACAUGUUACAAAAGACCAUCUUCAGUGUUGAGAAAGAGGAUCUUAGCGUGUUUCAUCAUAUGGUAUCGACAUCGAGUUGGAAAGGAAAGGUGCAUGAUUCAUAUUAUUAUAUGGAAUGUCUCAUCGACAAGCUCUCCCAAAUCCAAUUGGAGUUGAUAUCGAUUCUCAAUGUACAUGAUGUCUAUGGCGAUACCGCAUUGACAAUGGCAGCAAGGACCGGGAAUAAGAGAUUGCUAAAGAUUACCUGCGAUGAAGUGGAACGAAGGAUGCUAUUACAAGACAACCUAGCAGCAGCGACAACCUCACCCAACCUGACCGUCAACAGCGUCAAUGAGCAAGCAGCAAUGGCACAUCUUCGACAAAAAUUCAAAUCCGUGUUCAAGAUGAUUUUAUCCAAUGAUCGAUCCGUAACCGGCAAUUUACAACUAUUUGAUGGAUUUGUUGGCAGCUAUGAAAGGAGAUCUCGCAUAAAAGGAACAAGCAGUCAAAGAGAAGAAGGUGGACUUGGAAUUGACACACAAGCGAGUGGCGAAAAUACGACGUAUCCUUGGUCAGAUACUAUUCGAUCCCAAAGAAACUCACGUGAUUGGUGCAUGAACACGAAGAAAAGGAAUUAUCAACAUCAGACGAAGGAGGCGACUUGGAAAAGACUAUUCAAGAACUGGAAUCAGAAUUGA